UUUUUCCCCUCAGCUUGGAGCCCGACGUGUGAGCAGUGCCCAUGCCCCAUUGCUCGCCAGCUGGAUGCCGUCCCCUCUGCAUGCUGACGAUGCCCCGCGCGCCCCGGUGACCACUCAGACGGGGACAGCACCCGUCUGCAGCUCGGCUGGCGGCCGUUCCCAUUUCUCCGAGCACAGCCCAGCCCAGCAUUCAAAAUAGAGUCCCUCAAGGUGACGGUCGACUUCCUGAAGGUGCCCCUUGGCCUGAAGAAGCCCCCUCUGAAGGAGGCCGUGGCCAUCCCGGGGUCAGGCAAAGCCAAGCCCCCCGGCGUGGAGCGGCACAAACCCCGGCGUGCCGACAGCAUGGACAAUGAGUCGCAGUACUCGGGCUACUCCUAUAAAUCCGGGCACUCCCGUAGCUCCCGCAAGCACAGGGACCGAAGGGAUCGGCACCGCUCCAAGAGCCGGGAUGGGAGCCGUGGGGACAAGUCAGUGACCAUCCAAGCACCAGGAGAGCCUCUGCUGGACAAUGAAUCGACCCGGGGGGAUGAGAGGGAUGACAACUGGGGUGAGACCACCACGGUGGUGACGGGGACGUCGGAGCACAGCAUCUCACACGAUGACAUCACACGCAUCACCAAGGACAUGGAGGACAGCGCGCACCUGGACUGCUCACGGCACUUGGGCGUCGCGCUGGCCGGGGCGUUGGCUCUGCUCGCCUUCCUCACCCCUCUUGCCUUCAUGCUGCUGCCCCAGCUGCUGUGGCGGGAGGAGCUGGAGCCCUGUGGGACACCCUGCGAGGGGCUUUUCAUCUCGGUGGCCUUCAAACUCCUCAUCCUCCUGCUGGGCAGCUGGGCGCUCUUCUUUCGCCGCCCCAAGGCCUUUUUCCCGCGCGUCUUCGUCUUCCGUGCGCUGCUCAUGGUGCUCGUCUUCCUCCUGGUCGUCUCCUACUGGCUCUUCUACGGCGUGCGCAUCCUGGACUCGCGGGACCGCAAUUACCAGGGCAUCGUGCAGUACGCUGUCUCGCUGGUGGACGCGUUGCUCUUCGUGCACUACCUGGCCGUGGUGUUGCUCGAGCUGCGCCAGCUCCAGCCCCAGUUCACGCUCAAGGCCGUGCGCUCCACCGACGGGGCCAGCCGCUUCUACAACGUCGGGCACCUCAGCAUCCAACGAGCAGCCAUCUGGAUCCUGGAGAACUAUUACCACGAUUUCCCAGUCUACAAUCCUGCCCUCCUCAACCUGCCAAAAUCCGUCCUGUCCAAGAAAAUGUCCGGGUUUAAAGUCUAUUCCCUCGGCGAGGAAAAUACCACCAACAACUCCACGGGGCAGUCCCGGGCCGUCAUCGCUGCGGCUGCCCGCCGGCGUGACAACAGCCAUAAUGAGUACUACUAUGAGGAGGCAGAGCAUGAGCGCAGGGUGCGGAAACGCCGCGCCAGGCUGGUGGUGGCAGUGGAAGAGGCUUUCACCCACAUCAAGCGGCUGCAGGACGAGGACCAGAAGAAUCCACGGGAGAUCAUGGACCCACGGGAGGCAGCCCAGGCCAUUUUCGCCUCCAUGGCACGGGCCAUGCAGAAGUACCUGCGCACCACCAAGCAGCAGCCCUACCACACCAUGGAGAGCAUCCUGCAGCACCUUGAGUUCUGCAUCACCCACGACAUGACACCCAAGGCGUUCCUGGAGCGGUACCUGAGCGCCGGGCCCACUAUCCAGUACCACAAGGACCGCUGGCUGGCCAAGCAGUGGACGCUGGUCAGCGAGGAGCCAGUGACCAACGGUCUGAAGGACGGGGUGGUUUUCGUGCUGAAGCGCCACGACUUCAGCCUGGUGAUCAGCGCCAAGAAGAUCCCUUUUUUCAAGCUCUCGGAGGAGUUUGUGGACCCCAAGUCGCACAAGUUCGUCAUGAGGCUGCAGUCUGAGACCUCCGUGUGAGCACACAGAGCGCUGCAGGGGCUCCAGGGUGGCCUGGGUCGUGCAGGUCCCUGAGCACCAAGCCCCAUCCCUGGCACGAGGCCGCUCGGUGCCCAUCCCCACGCUCCCACACCCAGCUCCUCGCAGCCAUCCCCAGGAGGCACUGCCAGCACAGCACAGUGUCACAGCCAGACGAGCAGCAUCUCAGUGCCAUCCCCCCAAGGGCUGACCUUUGGCUGAGUUCUCUGCACCAGCAGCCUCGCUCGUGGCCAGGUCUGAAGCAUCUCCUGCGUCUUCCUCUUCUGCUGCGACCGCUGUGUCUCCGGUCUUAAAGCACCACCUGUGUCUGGGCUGGUUGGUAAUAACGACACUUCGGGAGUGUUUUGCAAACCCCUGUGAUCUGAGGCUGCUAUGGAACCAUCUCUCUGCCCCAUGGCCAGGGCAGACCCCACAGGCACGGUGCUGCUGCCACGGGAGACCCUCAGCUCCCCACUGCUUUGGGCAUGGAGCUCCUCACAGAAGCAGGAGGUCUGACGAUGAAGCUGAGAAACAUCCCAGCGCUGUGGGUACCCCAGCCCACCUCCGGCUCCCAGCACACCCCUCACAUAGGGCCGUUACCCCCAUUCCAACGUGUGCUGGCUGCCAGAACCACAGAAUCACUGAGAUUGGAGAACAUCAUGGAGUCCACCCGUCCAUCAUCACCACCAACAGGGCCGGUGAAGGGCUGUGGGAUUUGGGGUGCAGCACCCCAUGGCUUGCAGUGGGACAAGCCCAAAGUUACCCCCAGGCCUUGGUGCUGGCCCCAAAGGGCUUCUUCAUGGGGACUGUGCUCUGUGGGCUCCUCGGCUCCUGUCCCAUGGAGGUGGUGAUGAGGUGACCCCCAGGGGUGCGGGGCAGGGGGACCCCAAUGCUCAGGGCUGCACCACAGCUUCUGCCUUCCCUCAGCUGUGUGAGGGCUGCCAAUACCUCAUGGGGGUUUCCUGUAUUUAUCCAUUUUUCAUGCUGGGGGUCACCCCGAGCCAGGUUUGGGCUUCUUUGGCCCUGAGAGCUACCAAACCUCAUCACUGUGACACACAACAUCCCCCCCUAUCCGAGGGGCUGGGGGCUUCCCAGUAAGCACCAGUAGCAGAAAGCAGAUCCAAGUGGAUUUCGAGGGCUUUCCCAGCACAAAAUGGGUGGGUUGUAGCGUGUGUGUGGGAAGGGGGGGGGGACUGUCCCAAAUUCCCAGGGAUUUUUCUGGAAAUCUCUUCUAUUUUCCAGACUUUCUGUGGCUUUGUGACUCCGCUCAGCCCUGUGCAGCUUCCAGUCCCGUUUACACACGCAGCCCUUUGGGGUUGGUGCCGCCAGGAGCCCAAUUUGGGGUUGUUUUACUGCAAAAAAAAAAAAAGAAAAGGAAAAAGAAUUCAGUGAGCAAAAGCAGAUCUGGAGGCCUUGGGAAG